AAAAGAGGUCGCUGAAAAGAACCGCUGAAAGUGAGCGGAUUUCCCAGUGUGUUUAAUCUGCAAAUGCACCUUACUGACCGGCUCCAGGGAAGUCUCCAGCCCUCAGAGUUUUGAAGGGAAAUUGGUUCAGAUUGCAGGAGUGUGAAGGAAUGAGCGGUGCAUGUAGAGGGCUCAGGAAAUCAAAGAAACUUCCUGCUGUCUGAUUCCACGCAACAUGCCUUGAACUUGGUCCUGCGAGGAUACGCUGAUGACCAACUACAAGCGUGAUUAGUCCCCUCGCCCUCCAGCGGGAGCGGUCCCUCUCCGUGGCAGCGACGUCGCUCCAGAACCGGGGCACGUUGCGGGGCGGGCAGGCAGCAUGGCGAGGCUGGGGGUUGGGGGUGGGGGGAUCUAGGGCUGCACAGACUCACAUGCGUUCCCGACUGCGCACCAGCACCCGCCCGCAGCCCCCCUCAAGAACCUUGGAGCCUUGGAGAAGCCCCAGCAAGCGGCCGCGGGGCAUCGUCCCGGGCGGCGCGUGGGCUCUGUUCCUCCGGCGAGGCGUGGGUGCGGGAGCCGUGCUCCGAGCGCACCCGCGCGCUCGCGACUGCCCGGGACUGCGCUGCUGCGGGUGCCCAGCGGACAGCCGGCUGUUACUCGGGAUCCGGGGCGGGGUAGGGGGGGGUCCCUGUGUCCCCAGGAACCUCUUUAGCCCUCCUCCCGGGCCUGGCUCCUCCUCCAGGCGUGAGGCUCGUGCCCGCCGCUGCUUGCGUGCACAGCGCCUCCGCUCGCUUCCCCCACCCCGCCUGCUUCUGCCAACGCUUCCCCCUCCUCCUCUUCCUUCUCCUCCGCCCAUCACCGCCACUACGGACGCCUUUGCCUCCUUCUACUCCGCGCGCCGCCGCCGCCGCCGCCGCCGCCGCCGCUCCUCCCGCUCUCCUUCGGCUUCCACCAGCCUAUCGCUCCCGCUCGCCGGGCUGCUGCAGUCAGUCCCUCUCUCCCCUUUCUCAAGUUUCCCGUCUCCUCAGGAUCAGGGCAAAGGGAGGAAAACACCCAAUUCUGCUUGCUAUUUCAGUGGUGAUGAAGAGGAAACUGAACAUCUCCAACAUGCAGUUGCUGCUUUUUGUUUUCUUGGUGUGGGACCCAGCCAGGUUGGCGCUGGCUAACAUCCAAGAAGAUGAGGCUAAAAAUAACAUUACCAUCUUUACAAGAAUUCUAGACAGACUUCUGGAUGGUUACGAUAAUCGGCUUAGACCAGGACUGGGAGACAGUAUUACUGAAGUCUUCACUAAUAUCUACGUGACCAGUUUUGGCCCCGUCUCAGAUACAGAUAUGGAAUAUACAAUAGAUGUUUUCUUUCGACAAAAAUGGAAAGAUGAAAGGUUAAAAUUUAAAGGUCCUAUGAAUAUCCUUCGACUUAACAAUUUAAUGGCCAGCAAAAUCUGGACUCCAGAUACCUUCUUCCACAAUGGGAAAAAAUCAGUAGCUCAUAAUAUGACAAUGCCAAAUAAGCUUCUUCGAAUCCAGGAUGAUGGGACUCUGCUGUAUACAAUGAGGCUUACAGUUCAAGCUGAAUGUCCAAUGCACCUGGAGGAUUUUCCAAUGGAUGCUCACUCGUGUCCUCUGAAAUUUGGCAGCUAUGCAUAUACAACCUCAGAGGUUACUUAUAUUUGGACAUACAAUGCAUCUGAUUCUGUGCAAGUUGCUCCUGAUGGCUCUAGGUUAAAUCAGUACGAUCUGCUGGGCCAAUCAAUUGGGAAGGAGACAAUUAAAUCCAGUACAGGUGAAUAUACCGUAAUGACAGCUCAUUUCCACUUGAAAAGAAAAAUUGGGUAUUUUGUGAUUCAGACAUAUCUGCCUUGCAUCAUGACUGUCAUUCUCUCCCAAGUGUCAUUCUGGCUUAACAGAGAAUCUGUGCCUGCAAGAACUGUGUUUGGAGUAACAACUGUUCUAACAAUGACAACUCUAAGCAUCAGUGCCCGGAAUUCUCUCCCCAAAGUGGCUUAUGCAACUGCCAUGGACUGGUUUAUUGCUGUUUGUUAUGCCUUUGUGUUCUCUGCCCUAAUUGAAUUUGCAACUGUUAAUUACUUCACCAAAAGAGGAUGGGCUUGGGAUGGGAAGAGUGUAGUAAAUGACAAGUCCCCUUCAAUAAAAGCUGAAGGCAUUACAUUAACAUACAACUCAGUGAAGGCAAUUCUUCAAGGAGCUAAGCUAAUAUGGUCCAAGUAUAUAGCUUUCUCAUGGCCCAGUUUAAUCCAAGGAAAGACUUUAGAGUACUUAGAGAAGUGGAUGGACUGUAUAACCUUCAAACAAUCUUCUAAAAAAGAAAAAGCCUCUGUCAUGAUACAGAACAAUGCUUAUGCCGUGGCUGUUGCCAAUUAUGCCCCGAAUCUUUCAAAAGACCCAGUUCUCUCCACCAUCUCCAAGAGUGCAACCACGCCAGAACCCAACAAGAAGCCGGAAAACAAGCCAGCUGAAGCCAAGAAAACCUUCAACAGUGUCAGCAAAAUUGAUAGAAUGUCUAGAAUAGUUUUCCCAGUUUUGUUUGGUACAUUUAAUUUAGUUUACUGGGCUACAUAUUUAAAUAGAGAACCUGUAUUAGGGGUCAGUCCUUGAAUCUAGACCUAGGUUAUCUUGGAAUGUAUAGCAACAGUAAACCUGGUUUGUUUUGCCAUGUACAGUCUGACUAAUAACUGCUAAUUUGUGAACCAACAUGUACAGUAUGUAUAUAGCGACAUAGCUUAUAGACCUCUAAUGGAGACACGCAUUUGCUAACUCAUGGAACUACAGGCAGAAAGCACCCCCAUGCCCAAAAGCCAUUGCCUCUUUAAAAGAUUUACCCUAGGAACUGAUUUAAAGUGGAUUUCAGAUGACCUGAUGUAUUUUCUCUUCUGACAGUGAUGAAAAUGGAGAUCCUCUACCCCACUUUAUAAACCCUUUUGAUUUAGGUCUUAAGUAGGAGUACUUUCUACUGUUGCCUAACUAUAAUGUAAGAUGACAUUGUCUUUCCAAAGGAAUUCCUCUAAACAACGGAACCUCAUAUCUCAACAUCAGUUCCCUUCCUGAGUGCUCAGAAUCCCUGCUACUGUAAUUGGAAGCUUAGCAUACAUCAGAAGAAAAACUAGAGUUUUGAAAUCAGCUUUUAAUUACUCUGUAUAGUAUCUAUAGCCAUGUAUAUAUUACAGCAUGACAAAUGCAAAUAAUUAUGAAUCACCCUGACAAGAUGUUCAUCAUGCCUAGAAUUUAAUAACUAUCGGAAUGUCAUAGUCAACACAUGUUUAGCAUCAGAAUUUAUUUGAAAGUAAUAAUUCAAAUCCUACAGAUUAUUUUAAUCAUUGGAAACUACCUUAAAUUAAACAAAAAUAAGACAAUAAAUAUGUCUUACUCUUUUGAGGUAUGUGUUGUAUUGAAAUUGAUCAGCUAAAUUUUCUUGGUGCUGGUGACUGGAAAAAGCAUCCAGUUUGGCUGCUGUGGAGCAACAUUCAUAUUGGAUUAGAAAACUGUGCCAAAAACUCCCACUGAUGAGAAUUCAUAGGUGUCACAUGAUACAGAUGAGCACUUAUAUGAUUCUCUCCUUUCCUGUUUACUGCAAAUUCUGCCUUAAGGCUUCUUUUCAUCAGGACUCAGAAGCCACUAAUUACAAAGGAAAGGGCAGUUAAUUGGCACAUUUUUCUGUCUUGAAAGCAGCUCUUUCAGAUAAGAAUUAAUGUAAAUCUGCUUUUGUAAAUUGCAACUUUAAAUUUCGCUGACUCAAAUUUACAGCUUUGUAUACCAGAAGAGGUUUUGGUAAGAGUUGAACAUUUUUAAACUAAAACUUUAAAGCAUCACCAAUGAAUUGUGGAUUAGUUCACAUGUGCAAACACACACACAAUUCCACUCAAUUAGGAUGCACACACAAACAUGUAGCUAAAUUAAAAAACCACAGUUUUUAAUUGUAUAUUAUUACUAAUGACUAAUGGGUAAAAUUCGUUUUUUGUUUAGUAUUUUAAAAAUAUUCUUUAUGCCCCAAAACAUGUUAAUAGAAGUUAAUAAUUGUGUCUCAUGCUAAGAUUCAACAUUUUUGGCAAACAAAAUCCUUUUGACUCACAUAUACAUUAGCAGUUAUUAGUUGACUUUUACUAAUAGAUACACCUUUAUGAUGGUGUUUUUGUAAAAACAUAAGUAGUCAAAUAGUGGCAUUUCUUGCAGUUUUGUACAGUAUUUCAGUAUAGUGCAUAAACAGGUAUGUUCAUAAAAUCAAUAAAAGGAGUAUAUUAUGGAAAUAAGCAAAAUCACAACAAAACUACUUUUCUUUUGCCUCGUUUAAAUUUCAUUUUUUCAUUUUCUUUGUUUCAGUGUGAUUCUAUUAUGUGCUUUGCAUGGUUGUAUUAAUACCAAGGUCACAAAUGCAUCUUAUUAACAGAAUUUGCCGUGAAGACAGCUUUGACCUUAAAAAUUCCCUCAUAAAAGGUAAUCCAUAAUCCUUAAUAAAAUAAAUUUGUUAUAUGAGCCAUUAAAUGUAUUUCUUUAAUUCCCUUCCAAUAACACCUUCGUUGUCAUCUAAAUAGUUUUUAAAAGUGUACUUUAUUCUAACAUUGGAAUGGAAAAUAUCCCAUUUUCUUACACAUUUAAAUAUAACAUAGCUCUUCUGGGUGGUUUAGGGAAGGGUGCAAUAAUCUAAAAUGGAAAUCAAGGCUUGAAGGCAAGCAAUAAAAAUGCUUUGUAUGGUAUUUAUUAUUAGAUACUUUACAAAUAUUAUUCUUAUAAGUUCUGGUUCCCCCUUAAUAUGUGUAUAAAUAUGUACAUAUGUAAAAAUACUUGUAAAUAGCAGUUUCUGUAGGACAACAGAAAAGACUUAUCUAUACCUUUGGCAAAAGGUUGCAGCUACAUUGAUGGUAUCUGUUGUAUUAAAAUUUAUGGUAGAUUGACCUGAAAAAUUAACAUUAUUUUUAUUUUUACUUUCAAUUGUUAAAGUCUUAUUUGAGCCUAAGUAACAUCCUGAUGGUUGAGAUUUUCUGAUAACGUGGAUCAGGAUUUUCUAUUAUUUCUCUAACUUUGGUAUUUCUUUUACACAUUUCUUAAUCUUUGAAAAUUUAUAUAAAUUGAAAGGAACUUUUAGUCUUGCUGGAGAGAGGGAGGAUGCUGCAUGGAAAAGGAUUUUAAAUUCUAGAACCAAAGUCUUUAAAAUUAUUCUCCCUUCCAUAAACCAUUUUAAAAACACAAAAUAACAGUGACAUGGAUUUAUUAAAACAAGAUUAAUUUUUCAGGAAACAUUUUUCACAAACUAACACUGGUCAUUUUGGUCCAUAAUACUAUGACUAUUUUAUGUAGUUGUAUAUUGACAUAAAGAGUAAUGGUAUGUACAAAAUGUAGAUAAAUACAUGUACAUAUAUAGAGAUAUAUUCUCAAUAUUAUAUAGCUACUGCUCUGAUUAGCUAACAUUUAUUCAACAAAUAUUUUUACCUCCUAUUAUUCACCAUGCCAUGGGGAUGAUGUUAAUAUACUCAUAUCACACCCACAGAAUUUAGUUGAAAAUCAAGUGCAUCUCAUUCCUAUACAGACUUAAAAUCAAAGACGAAAUGUAAUAUAUAAAUUCAUUUAGAACUGAGAGUUGUUUAAUGAGCUAUGAGAUCAUAAGUGUGCUAAGAUGGUGGCUGUUUUGCUAUUUUCUUCUAUUUGUGUUUCUAAUUGUUUGAAUAUAAAAAUGGAACUAAUAUAACCAUUUAAUUUUUUUAAAAAAUUUCAGUGAUUUUUAAAAUGCCAGUCUCAACUUUAGCAAUCUUUUCAGGGAUCUCUCUAUUUUGAAUUUGUCUCAGGUUUGGAUAAGUGAUCCCCUGGAGCCACAUUUCCAUUUUUUUUUUAAUUGCUCAUAGUUUAUUUACAAAAGCUCUUUUUAAAUAAACUAGCACAGAAGCUAGUGGCUCUUUUCAUAUUUCUGGUGGAAGGAACUGAACUCUGCCAUGAUAUUAGAGAUUCUAGAAGGAUACCAAACCUCCAGGGAGUCUUUGGCAUGGCCUGUCAUCAUUCCAAUGGGAGGACAAGGAGAGUAGCAAAGUCAUGGCUCUUCAAAAUCUAUUACUAUUUUUUUUUCCAAAUGCUCCAUCCUUGUUACCCUCAGACAAUGUCUGUGAACCAUCAAAAUGUUUUCACUUAUUUUGAAAUUUGGGACCAUAUUAAUAGGUUUAUUAUACAGGUUGUUCCUGUUAUUACUCUUCUAACAUUCCUAUAGCCUUCUGCAUAUUUUUGAAGCAAUUCUCAGAUUUUUUUUUCAUAUAAAGAGAUUCAGAAUUUCAAGGGACUUAUGAGUUGAAUAAUUGCUACCCUGUAGUCUAUUUAUUUUCCUUUUAAUUGAGGUCUUAUGGGAACUCUGGGUUUACCUUUUCUAGUCCAGAGUAUCCAGAAAUGUAAGAUUAAAAUUGGGGAGAGGUGUAGUUGUUUUUAACACCUGCAUCCUUGGGACCAAGAACACUGAAUCACAAUUACUCAUAACAGUGUGGACAAGACAAAUUAUGAUAUUUUUCUCUAUUGAAUUCAUGCUUAAAAAAUGACAUUCAUGAGCUCCUUUAGCAGCAGGGUAAGGAUCUGGCACUGUCACUACAGCAGCUAGGGUCCCUGCUUUGGUGCAGGUUCGUUCCCUGGCCCAGGAAUUUACACAUGACAUGGGAGUGGCCAAAAAAAAAAAAUGAAUUUCAGUAGUCAAUAAAAUUAUUAAUUUCCAUAAUAUUAUGUUAUCAACAUGUAUAUGAAAGAUACUAAUCUUUUCUGUUAAUACUUAUGGAUUCAUAUUUUCAUCAAAUACAAAGAAAAAUCCAAGACCUCAUAGAGGAAAAGUCAAAGAGAAAAACUCACUCAAAAAAUGACCCCAUUGCUAAUUAAACCUAAUGAGGCAUUCCUCCUAUUUAACUAAGAAUGAUGAGAAAUUAUACAGAGAUAUUUAACAGUUAUGAUUCUAUCAAGGUAAGCAUUAUGAUUAAAAUAUUAGGAUUAAUGAGUUCGUGUGAAAGAAAUUUGGAAAAGGAGAUCAUCUACUUCUUAUGAGAGUUUUGUAUCUUUUUCUUGAAAAUUCUUAUUCAACAUGUUUAGAUUACUGUUUUCAACCUUAUUUAGCAGAAAUAUUCUAUUUCAUCUGUUUAUAUAAAGAACUUUUUCAAUAAUGUAAUUAUAUACCCCACUUCAAACCCCUCUAUGUUGAAAUUAAUAGAUAAUAUAACAGUUAAUAUUGCCAAUAGGGAAGAACAAGGAACAGAUUUAAGUGUCAGUUUAUAGUAAUUUUCUCAAAGAACUUUUCAUAAGGUUUGAUUAGAAGUGUCUGUGUAUUUUCCAGAUAUAAAAAAAUUUGAGAAAUUUAUGAAAUUGAAACAAUUUAUUAAUGGGCUUCCUUUAAAAUGUAUCUCUUAUUAAACAAGUAAUUAAUUUAGUCCAUAAAGAAAUUUUUUCAGUAGAUCCAAAAACUCGUUAUUUGGAACUUAGUCUUGAGCCAUACAUAUGGUUAGAAAUAGCCAUCUAUAAAAGUAUAAACAUUUGUCUGAUAUAUUUCUAGUUGGCUCUUUUGAGCCAUUAAAUUCAACAUAUCACAAUUCUGGUUGUAAGGUAAGACAGAAAAAUCUUUCAAUUACAGACUUCUUAAUAGAAGUUUGUUACAGCCUCCAUUAGUUUUAAUAUCCUGUUGAUCAUUUGCAAUUACUGUCCUGUAUAUGUCACUGAUUAGUUUCAUACCUUUUUGAAUUGUACAGCAACCAAGAAUCCAUUUUUUUUUUUUUUUUUUUUUGGUGAAACUAUCUAUUCACUAACAUUGGUUAGAAUUUAGUUUCUGGGAAUACAUCAUAUUUUUCUUUUUGGUCUAUAGGCGUAAUAAUGUACAAAAAUGUUUAAAAUUGAUUAGGCACACAAAGUAAUAAACACCUCUCUCUUUAUUUUCUUUUACUUAUUCAUUUGUUUAAAUUUGACAGUUGUGCUAAGGGUUGGCGAGGUUUUGUUUUUAUUUGCCAAAAUGUUGGUUUUAUAACAUUUAAAACCACUGAACUUCAAGGAUUAUAUAUUGAUUGACUUCAUCAAUCUCUUGCAAGGUAAUAUUUAUAUGAAGAAGUCUAAUCUGAUAUGUAUAAAUGCCAGCUUUGGGACUGUAAGUGUUAAAAUAGCUUGGUUGACAUAAAAAUUUCAGUUUUUCAUGCUUUGUUUUGGAAGACUUACUUUACCACAACUUUUUGCCAAAUGUAAGCUUAUAUCAUUGGAUAAAUAAGAGUACCUCCAAUAAAAUUGAUUUGUGAAAACAAGUGGUAUUAGGAAAGCAAAACAAAGCCAUUAGACACGGAAUUACUUUAGGAGUAAUGGCUUCAAGCCCACCUAUUUAUUUUAAAAUAUUCAACACAGUAGUUGAAGCCAUUGACUGUGUUUUAAACCCAGCAUAUUAUGUGAAGGAGGUUAAUGUAUGAUUUCAAAGGCCUAAAUGAAACUGAACUUGGAGCUACAAUUUUUGUGAAUUCAACAUUACCAUCCAUGGAUAAAUCCUUGAUUGUUGAUCUUGGGUGCCUGCUACCAUAUUUCAGGUUUAAUGGUAUCUAAUAUUUGUUAAGAUUCUUUUGAGCAGAUACAAAUUCAGGUUUGGGGUGCUCCAAACUGAGGAAUAUGACCUUUCAUGAAAUAUUCUACUUAGAGGUGACAUGCAUGGAAACUUAAAGCUUCAUACAUGUUGCCAAAGUAGAAAAGUAAAAACCAAAAAAGAAUGAAAUGGUUUCCCCUUGCUACACAUUAAUAAUAAAAUUACAUGCCUAGAGAAUGUAUGAUAAAGCUCCAACACUAAAUUUUUUGUAUUCAUUAUUUGAAAUUUUCUGGGUAAGAGUAUGCUUGAAUGGUAGGUAUUCUGGUUUGAGAAAAUCAUUCUGGAGCUAAUAAUAUUUGUAAUUUGUGACCUUGUUGUAAUUGGGAAAAGUCAUUAUUUUUUAUGUAUGUAAGAUAAUUUGACCUUUAUUGAAUGUGUCAGUAUGCUUGCUGUUUAAAAAUUCCUAAUUUUAAUCACAUGCAAAAUAAUGCUAAACAUUAUCUUUUUGUACUUAUUAAAAUUAAUUUAAAUAUA